AUUGCUCACAGUUAAACAAUAAUAAUAUUACUCUCUUAACUGGCUCUUGGUUUCUCCCACCUUCUUCAAUCAUCCUCUCAUUUCAUUCGACACCAUCAACAUCGCCUUCUCUCCCCUCGACAGCCUCACCCGUUGUCGUCGUCAAAACCGCCACCACCAUGGAGGCUCUCCUUCACCAAUCCAAGGGUGUCUGUCCCUUCUUGAAAAAGACCUCCCCCGCAACUCUGCGAACCCUUUCGACCUCCACCCGCCAAUCCCCUGGUGGCGGCACUCUCACCAACCUGCAAUUCAUUGCUCGACGAUGCCCUGUCAUGAACAAAGCCCUCGCUGUUCAAAGCGCUCGCAUUUCUUCUCGACGCAACUAUAACAACCUCGCCACCGGCACUGGCGUCGUCAAAUCUUUGUUAGAAAAGAAGUUGCACACCUCGGCUGAGAAGAAAGCCAGUGUCGAGCCAAACCUGUUCCGUCCAGCUCAGCAAGCUCCUCCUCUUCAAAAGGCUCAGACCACUGCUCAAAAGGCCGACACUUAUGCCGGACCCAAGCCUCAUGCCCCCGCCACAGCUCGCUAUGACUAUGACGCUUUCUACAAGAACGAGCUCGAGAAGAAGCACAAGGACAAGUCCUAUCGCUAUUUCAACAACAUCAAUCGCUUGGCGAAGGAGUUCCCCCGUGCUCACAUGGCUACCCCAGAGGACAAGGUCACAGUCUGGUGCUCCAACGACUAUCUUGGAAUGGGCCGAAACAAGCACGUCUUAAAGACCAUGCACGAGACCUUGGAUAAUUAUGGCGCUGGAGCCGGUGGUACCCGGAACAUCUCCGGUCACAAUCAGCAUGCUGUUACUCUGGAGAAAACUUUGGCCGACCUCCAUGGCAAAGAAGGUGCCUUGGUCUUUUCUUCAUGCUACGUUGCCAACGAUGCAACUUUGGCUACCCUCGGAAGUAAGCUUCCCGACUGUGUCAUUUUGAGCGACAGCAUGAACCAUGCCUCGAUGAUUCAGGGAAUUCGUCAUUCAGGAGCCAAGAAAAUGGUCUUCAAGCACAACGACGUGGUCGAUCUAGAGGCUAAGCUAGCUAGCCUGCCUCCCGAGCAACCAAAGAUCAUUGCGUUUGAAUCAGUCUAUAGCAUGUGUGGUUCAGUUGCCCCUAUUGAAGCCAUUUGUGACCUGGCCGAUAAAUAUGGUGCCAUUACCUUCUUGGACGAAGUCCAUGCGGUCGGCAUGUAUGGGCCGAGAGGAGCUGGUGUCGCUGAGCAUCUUGAUUACGACAUCUACGCCGACCCUAACAGGACCCUAGAAUCUCAAAAAGGAAGUGUCAUGGACAGGAUCGAUAUCAUUACUGGAACUCUUGGCAAAGCCUAUGGCUGUGUCGGUGGCUAUAUUGCAGGCUCGGCCGCCUUGGUCGACACUGUCCGGUCUUUGGCCCCAGGAUUCAUCUUCACCACCAGUCUCCCACCUGCCACCAUGGCCGGUGCUCGCACUGCGAUCGAGUACCAGGCCCGCUACCAGGGCGACCGUCGCUUGCAGCAAUUGCACACCCGGGCCUUGAAAGAAGACCUGACUAGCCGUGGGAUUCCCGUGAUCCCCAACCCAUCUCACAUCGUUCCUGUAUUGGUCGGCGAUGCUGAGGUCGCAAAGCAAGCUUCGGACAUGCUUCUGUCCGAAUAUAACAUCUACGUUCAAUCCAUCAACUAUCCCACCGUGCCCCGUGGGGAGGAACGUCUUCGAAUCACCCCUACUCCAGGCCACACGACCGAGUUGAGGGCAGAACUGGUCGAGGCACUCGAAAAUGUUUGGCAACGUCUCAACAUCAAGCGUGUCGCCGACUGGGAGGCUCAAGGUGGUUUCGUCGGCGUGGGUGUCAAGGACGCCGCCCCAGUCGAACCAUUGUGGACUGACUCCCAGCUCGCCGACGCACAUGCUCUCUCCGAAACUGCAGCAGAUCAAGCCACUGAAGAGAGAGUCAUGCCUAUUGCAGCGGCCGCUGCCUAGGCGACGUGACUUGAUAAUUCAAGCUUGAUUUCAGCAGUCGAGUGAGUGGGUGGGUGAGUGAGUGGGUGAGUGAGUGAACGUGAUGAUAUAUAUUUCUUUGCCCUGCAUAGGCAAAUGUCAGGCUCUUCAGCCAUUUGGGUACGAGUACCUCGCUACCGCGAGAGAGCUCGACUCCUUUAUACAUAUAUAACCAUGAUUUAUCGCGUGUGAGAAACGUGAAUUUCUCCAUGCCGACUAUCUGGCCGAAUGAUAUUGCCAUCUCGUGAUGGUCAUUUUGACAUUCUA